AUGUCUAAUGGUUAUGAAGACCACAUGGCCGAAGACUGCAGGGAUGAUAUCGGGAGGACGAACUUAAUUGUCAACUAUCUCCCUCAGAACAUGACCCAGGAUGAGCUACGGAGCCUGUUCAGCAGCAUUGGUGAAGUUGAGUCCGCAAAACUUAUCCGUGACAAAGUAGCAGGACACAGCUUGGGCUAUGGUUUUGUGAACUACGUGACUGCAAAAGACGCCGAGAGAGCCAUCAACACACUGAACGGCCUGAGACUCCAAUCUAAAACAAUUAAGGUAUCCUAUGCUCGCCCCAGCUCUGAGGUCAUCAAAGAUGCGAACCUGUACAUCAGCGGGCUCCCGAGGACCAUGACGCAGAAGGACGUGGAGGACAUGUUCUCGAGGUUCGGGCGCAUCAUCAACUCCCGUGUGCUUGUGGACCAGACCACAGGUUUGUCCAGAGGGGUUGCGUUUAUCCGGUUUGACAAACGGUCGGAGGCAGAAGAGGCAAUUACCAGUUUCAAUGGUCAUAAACCCCCAGGUUCCUCUGAGCCCAUCACAGUGAAGUUUGCUGCCAAUCCCAACCAGAACAAAAACGUGGCGUUGCUCUCCCAGCUGUACCACUCGCCCGCACGACGGUUUGGAGGGCCCGUGCACCACCAGGCGCAGAGGUUCAGGUUCUCCCCGAUGGGUGUGGAUCACAUGAGUGGGCUCUCUGGCGUCAACGUGCCGGGCAAUGCGUCUUCAGGCUGGUGCAUCUUCAUCUACAACCUCGGGCAGGACGCCGACGAGGGAAUCCUCUGGCAGAUGUUUGGUCCCUUUGGUGCCGUCACCAACGUGAAGGUGAUCCGCGACUUCAACACCAACAAGUGCAAAGGGUUUGGCUUUGUGACCAUGACAAACUAUGAAGAAGCGGCGAUGGCCAUAGCCAGUCUGAACGGCUACCGCCUGGGGGACAAAAUCUUACAGGUUUCCUUCAAAACCAACAAGUCCCACAAAUAA